AUGUGGCGGAUGCGGAUGCGGCUACUCACUGGCUACCUGGUCCUGCUGGCCCUCGGCCAUCUGCCGGAGCACGGCGCUCUGGGCCAGAAGUACUACAUGAACUUUGCCUUCAACAAUAACAAUCCGGACGCCGAAGGCGGCGGAGCCGGCCCCGAUGGUGGUGGUGCUGCUGCUGGCGGACCCGGUGGCCACGGAUCCCACGAAGAAAGCGCCGGCCAUCCAACCGACGCGGAUGCCAGCGGUUCGACGGACGCUCCAGUAGGCGACACACAUCACUCGAGUGAAGCGCACACUGCGGAAGCUAGUCACUCCGGCGAUCAUUCCGGUACGGAUGGAGCCAAGUCCAGCGCGGAUUCCUCUGGAAGCCAUUCGAAGGGCAGUUCCAAGGGCUCAAGCGCGGCCCAUGACGACGACGACGACGCUGGGCAGGAUGACGACAAUGACGAUAGCGACAGCAAGGACGCCAAGGAUCGGCGCACCAAGUUGGAGGCGAACGAGCGCAGGGAGGGCGGGGGCAAGCGCAACGAUCACAGCCAUCACAGUAGCUACGAGAUCAGCAUCGACGACAGUUUCGGCGGGCGGUACGUGCGAUCCAUCUACGAGAGCAGCGAGAGCCACGGACAUUCCGGCAGCAAUGCGGGCUCCAACCAGCGGGACAGCGCGGCUCGCGAGAGCAGCCAGGAGGGAGCCCACGAGGGCAAGGAUGCGGCUGUUGUCGCCGCCGGCAGUGUGUCCGAUGCGCCGGAAACUGGAGCUCUGGACGGCAAGCAGGAUGACUACGAGGAAAUGUAACACCACCGGGACAUCUGAGAUACGAUUCGCUCGAGGGACUUUGGGAAGACGCAGCCACUUCAAUUGAUUUUAUCAUUAAAAUGACAAUAAACUUUAAAAUACUAA